CAGGCCAGUCUGAGCUGCUUGUCCUUCUACAUCCAGCCAAAGAACAAUUCCUCCCCCUCUCACAUCACCAGCAUCGACAUUAUACAGAGAGACAGCUAAGUAAUUGCCAUCAAACUUUCCUGCUCGCUCUCCUUUCCCUUGGCAGUGGGAUGGGAGGGGUACAGUACAGAAGCAGCAGAAAAUAUGAACUGCAUUUUCACUGAGCACAGACCAGUAACAGGGAGGCACCGCUAUCACAGUCCACUGCCACGGAUGACGAAGAACGGAGGGAUCCAUUUGUAAACGCCUUUUUUAAAACUCUGGAUGGAUGAUUUCUGAAGACAGGACAAGUGUGUCUCGGAUAAUAAUAUGAGGUUUUUUUGGUGAUGAGUAAUUUGUAUAAUUCGAGCUUUGGGUUGGCGGAUGAUUAUGGGCUUCCUCAAAUGAAGUCUCACCUACUCAGCAAGAAAAGGAUGCUAAUUUGGCUGUGCCUUCACUGCGACUCUGAAUUACAAAGUGUACAAAAGGUACAUCCUUUGUCGUACUAUUUUUAAAUAUUAUGAUCUUUUUAGAUUGAGUGGAAAAAAACACUUUUUAAUUUAGGUGAUCUGGAUGCUCUGAGUUCUCUGAGUGACUGUUAUGGCAGGGCCUAGACCUGAUGUCUCACUUUACGACAAUGCCUUUGUUGCCCUUUUUAAAAGGAGACACUUGCAGAGCUUACUCUAACUCUUGCAGACACACUCUCACUGCGUGUGUGUUGGUCAUUUUGGAAGCGAGCAGGGUUUGCUCCCGAAUAUCAACAGUGACUUCUAUUUUGGCCCUUGAAGCAGAAUGUUGAUGUCAGUGUGGUACGCCAAAAAGAUGGGGUGCCAUCUCCUCAACAAUGUGCGGAAAGUCAAGAAACGUCGGCAUCAUAAGAUGGGAAAUACUCCUCCAGUGGUGGUGAACACCGACACACUCGAUGGCUCCCCAUAUGUAAAUGGGACAGAAGGUGAAAUCGAGUAUGAGGAAAUCACACUGGAGAGAGGUAACUCAGGCCUGGGCUUCAGCAUUGCUGGGGGAACAGACAACCCCCAUGUGGGUGAUGACCCCAGCAUCUUCAUCACCAAAAUCAUACCUGGAGGAGCUGCUGCUCAGGACGGACGGCUGAGUGUGAACGACUGCAUCUUAUUUGUGAAUGAGGUUGAUGUGAGGGAGGUGACACACAGUCAAGCUGUGGAGGCUCUCAAGGAGGCAGGUGCUAUCGUCCGCCUCUAUGUUCUCCGCAGGAAACCCGCAGCUGAGAAAGUCACUGAAAUCAAACUCAUCAAAGGGCCUAAAGGAUUGGGUUUCAGCAUCGCUGGAGGGGUGGGAAACCAGCACAUACCAGGAGAUAACAGUAUCUAUGUCACCAAGAUCAUUGAAGGCGGGGCUGCUCAUAAAGAUGGCCGUCUGCAGAUCGGGGACAAGAUUUUAGCAGUGAACAACGUGUGUCUGGAGGACGUGAUGCACGAGGAUGCGGUGGGGGCUCUGAAGAACACAGCAGAGGUGGUGUACCUCAGGGUGGCCAAGCCCAACAACCUGUUCCUGACCAACUCCUAUAACCCUCCAGACCUCACCAGCACAUAUUCCCAUAUGGAUACUGAACUCAGCCACCCUAACUAUCUCGGCUCGGAUUACCCACAAGCGCUCACUCCCACCUCACCAAGUCGAUUUUCUCCUGUCCUGCAUGGCAUGAUGGGAGAUGAUGAUAUCCCCAGGUGGGCCAACAUCUGGGAGCCUCGCAGAGUUUUGAUCCACCGAGGCUCCACAGGUCUGGGAUUCAACAUUGUUGGAGGAGAAGACGGAGAGGGAAUAUUUAUCUCCUUCAUUCUGGCAGGAGGACCAGCUGACCUCAGUGGGGAGCUGCACAAGGGCGAUCAGAUCCUUAGUGUGAACGGCGUGGACCUGCGUAUGGCCACACAUGAGCAGGCAGCUGCGGCUUUGAAGAACGCAGGACAGACAGUGACCAUCAUCGCUCAGUAUCGACCUGACGAGUACAGUCGUUUUGAGGCGAAGAUCCAUGACUUGAGAGAACAGUUGAUGAACAGCAGUAUGGGCUCUGGGACCACAACACUAAGGAGCAACGCAAAGAGAGGCUUCUAUAUCAGGGCUCUGUUUGACUAUGACAAGACUGCAGACUGUGGCUUCCUCAGUCAAGCACUGGGCUUCAGGUUUGGGGAUGUGCUGCACGUGUUGGACUGUGGAGAUGAGGAGUGGUGGCAGGCCCGGAAAGUCAGUCCCCAGAAUGAGGCUGAAGAGGUCGGCUUCAUCCCCAGCAAGCACAGGGUGGAAAGAAAAGAGUGGUCUCGUGUUAACACCAAGGAGAGGGACCAUGGUCGAGACAGCUUGAGCACAAAAGGAAGAGAUAAAACAUUACAAAGUUAUGAGACGGUCACCCAAGUGGAAGUUCAUUACGCGAGGCCCAUCAUCAUUCUAGGUCCUGUGAAGGACAGAAUAAAUGACGACCUGUUGUCUGAGUUCCCUGAUAAGUUUGGAUCAUGUGUCCCACACACCACACGGCCAAAGCGGGAGUAUGAAGUGGAUGGACGGGACUAUCACUUUGUGUCAUCGCGGGAGCAGAUGGAAAAGGACAUUCAGAGUCAUCGGUUCAUCGAGGCCGGCCAGUACAACAGUCACCUGUAUGGCACCAGUGUCCAGAGUGUCCGCGAGGUGGCUGAGCAGCAGGGGAAACACUGCAUCCUGGAUGUAUCGGCCAACGCUGUGCGCCGGCUACAAGCAGCUCAGCUUCAUCCCAUCGCCAUCUUUGUGCGACCCAAGUCACUGGAGAAUGUCCUAGAGAUCAACACUCGGCUGACAGAGGAGCAGGCCAGGAAAGGAAUGGACCGAGCCCUCAAACUAGAACAAGACUUCUUAGAGUGUUUUUCAGCUGUCGUGGAUGGGGACAGCUUUGAAGAGGUCUAUCACAAAGUAAAGACAGUGAUCGAGGAGCAAUCAGGGCCUUACAUCUGGAUCCCCACUCGGGAGAGGCUGUGAUGCUGCUGCCCCUGCCCGCUACCCUCCAACCUCUCCUCCCCCACCCCGCCGCCCUCACAGCCACCGACUGACGCCACCCUUCACCCUCACAGCCAAGCUAGCCUCGCCUGCCUGCCUGUCUGUCUGUCUGUCUGUCCUCCAGCAAAGUCAGUGCUUAGGCAAACACGGAGAAUGACACAGAGAGACAAAUGCAGAAACAGAGACAAACACGGGAAGUGACACAGCGAAGCAAAGAAUGAAACCAAAAAAAAAGGAGACUCCGAGACAGAUGUAAACACAGUCAUGUAAUUAGACUGUAAGACACGGCGAGAAAAGACUUCAUCCGUAUUCUACUUUCAUGAGGCAGGACUGAGUGUUGAUGUUCUUUUCACAUUUAGCAUUAAAAUGCAUCUUGGCCACAAAUGGGCAUUGAUUGCACCCAGAAGUGGGAAUGCAAAUGUCCUCAACACGGUUGAUUUAUCAAUGCCAAACAUCUUAGUUUGUUAUAUUAGGUCUUUCAAUUUAGUGUUUUUUUUCUGUUUAGAUACAGUUGCAGUUUCCCAAGAGAGAUUACCAAGUGGAACCAGUUCAUGAAUACUUUUCGGAUGCAUUUUGAUGCCAGUUGUGGAUCUAGACUAAACUGGGUUUACCUCGGCACACAAAGACCUUAGGUGUGAGCAUGGUUUGAAAGAGAGUAGAGAAUGGCCCAGCAGGGACAGAACCCUAGGUGGUAUUAAGAUCAUAUCACCAUCCCCAUCUCUUGGACAUCUCACACUGAACACCACCAUACAGCAGUCCCUGAGAUGGAGAUGCCCAAAAAGACGCUGGCCCCUCUUUUUAUAUCAGCUCCUGUGUUUCUGUCAUUCCCCUUCUGUCAGUUCUGCCUCGUUUCUGGACAGGGAAGGGGGGAGACUAAGAACAGGAAGGCCCAGAUCCUGCUCCCUAGUCCCUCUAGACCAGGAGUCCUUUCUUGGCAUAGAGUUCAUGUUUUUGUGAAUCUCUUCUUGGUUCUGGGUUUGAACUCAAAUUUACACCUCUGUGUCAAAGACUGGCAUUUGCUCAGUCACCCACGUUGAAAAUUGUGAGGCAGUAUUUCAAAGCAGAUCGAAUAAUUCUAAUGAUUUAAAGACUCAUAUGCUGAAUCUGUGCAUGCUUCCUCAAAGACAAAGGAGUCAGGAGAAGAAAACAAUGGAAAAAUUUGACUUAAAAAAAAAAUUUAUAUAUAUAUAUAUAUCAUGAAAAGAAAGGUGAGUAAGUAGGGUGUGUUCUUCUUUGCCACCUCCUUAUUGGUGAGGAUAUUUUGUUCAGCAUGUCUCAUGAAAGAAGAGAAGAAAGAGAGAGAGACAAGGUCAUGUGACAUGUUCAUGAGAGGCCAGUCCUGAGCACAGUAGAAGCUCUGACAUCUAGUUCAGCCUCUGCUCUCUUAUCCACACACACACACACACACAUGCAUACACUCAAAUUGAUCCUCCAACACACACACAGAGUUGUAACCUCAGCUGUAACCUAGCACACUCCACUACAGGGAGACUGGCUGUUUUGACCUGCUGGUCAGAAUCCAGAUGAAUGUUAUCUCUCUAGGCACAAACAGCAGAGCUGUUAGCUCCAUCGCACUGCAGCCAACUCACCGUUCACUCUUCCAAAAGGAUCCCUCAGCCGCAGACGUACACACUGUUUCCAGUGGCCGCAGCAAAAGCCAUGGUGUGUGUGUGUGUGUGUGCGUGCGUGUGCACAUUCAUGUGCGGAAACUCCCCUGUGUGGGAGGAAUCCGUCUUCUUUUCUUCCUCUCUCCCAUGUUUUGUCUGCUUCUUUCUCUCUCGUGUGUCCACACAAAUUAAAGCUAAGUCAUGUUUAAUGAAUAAAUGGCCUAUAUACAUAACUAUGAAUAUAAAUAUAUAUAUAUAUAUGUAUAUCUUUUUUAUGAGAAUUUCUAACGGGACUAGGUCUGUAACCAUCAACAUCUGCAAACAAUAUUCCACUGAUUUCUUUGGGUAAUAUUGCUGUUUGGUUGUUGAAUUUACUCACGCUCCCAUUUUAGUGCUAAAUGACACGACGGCAUCGUUCCGGUCGAUGUAAGGCAGACCUCGCUCGAAAGCUUUGAACAGACGUUUUUGGACACGUUCUUGUAUGUGUUGACAACGAACUGAGACACAUGUACAAUGCAGCUGUGUGUGUGUGUGUGUGCGUGUAUGUGUGUGUUUGUUGCUGCUUGCGUGUGCGGGUGACAAGAAGGUGUGCGAUACCUAAAAUAUACUAUGUGAGAUGAUCUAUCCUUGACGGCAGUGUUUCCCAAACUUUCUAACAUGGGGACCCACUUUUUAAAAAGUCAACCGGUGCAUAAUGUAGUGCCUCAAAAUGUCAUUUCGAUUUGGUAAACAAAUAAACAAAACAGAUGUUUGCACAUGCCAUUUUGACAUAAACACGUAAAAAUGGGGACCCAAAAAAAAAAAAUCUCACGCGACCCAUAUGUGGGUCCCGACCCAGUAUUUGGGAAUCACUGCUUUACAAUGUAUAAUACAGGAAUACAUGGUUCGUGCGUUUAUGUGUGUAUGUGUGCGCGCAAGGGCGAGAAAGUGAGACUCACACUCAUGAAGAUGUAGUGCAAUAUUGCUAUGAUGUUAUGCAAUGAAGAUGGUUUAUACAUGUGUCUAAGAUUAAAAAGAAGAGUAUUUAUAAAGUUUGCACUGAUGGCAUUAUAUGCUACAGGUUUCUGCAGGAAAAGAAUUGUGAUGGAAAACAAUGGGACUGCGAGGUUUUACGAGCAUGUGUUUGUAUUUACUUAUAAUUUCUCCUGAAUUAUAAGAGUGAAGGUGGAAGUGUCGUUUGGAGAAAAAAAAAAACACACACACAUUCACAUUUAGCAUUUUGUUUAUUUUGGCUCAGUUGCUUCUCUCGGCUCAGGCUGCGACGAAAUGACGAGUUCCUACUCUGUUAUUGUUUGUGAUUUAUUAUUUAUUCAGAACUGUCACUGGUUCCAUCUCAAGUCUGUAUAUUUUUGUAUUUUCUUUCUUUUAUUUUUUUUUUCUACACUGAAGGAGCUUUUGGGUCUUGGCGAGAAAUGCUGUAAAUAUAAUGUAGUUGUUGGAGUGCUGCGUGGCUUCAGAUUUAGCCACGCGGCACUGCUGAGUCGAUGCAAGUCUAGAAGCCAUCCGAGCCACAGCCCAGUUUAACUGCUCAAACACACAAACAACACACACACACACACACUUACAUUUACACACUGAAGGAAUCACAGAAACAACACAUGGCAACACAACCAUGAAUAUGUUUUACAAUUUCUUUAUUUGAGGGUUCAAUGUAUUUCUUAAUAUCUCUCAGCCAUCCGUAUCAUAGUGUGAUAUUCCUUAUAAAAUAUACGAAUUUUUACAGAAAAGACUGAUUACAAACUUACAACAAAGUCAACUGAUGCAGAAAAAUAUAUUUAACGAUGACAAUAUCAAGCAAAAUAAAAUGUUCCAGUUCAGUGAAAGCGCUUGUUGUAAAUUAGCUAUAAAAUAAUAAAAAUGAAUUUAAAAAAUG